GACGAGCAUGACCAAGCCGGCCAAGGCGGGCCAGGGGUCGCCCAAGGUGGGCAAGGGGUCGACCAAGGCGGGCGAGGGGUCGGUGGGUAAGGGUUUGGGUAAGGCGGCCAAGACCAAAGCAUCUGCAAGCAAGGCAAAGGCAUCCGCAAGCAAGGCAAAGGCAUCCGCAAGCAAGGCAAAGGCAUCCGCAAGCAAGGCAAAGGCAUCUGCAAGCAAGGGAUCAGGCAAGGCAGGCAAGGCAAAGGCAUCCGCAAGCAAGGGAUCAGGCAAGGCAGGCAAGGUGGCAGGCAAGACGGCGGGCAAGGCGGCGGCUAGAAGAGGGACUCGCCGCUCGGUAGCCGUGCCAUUCUACUCGGGCGAUGCUUUUGUCAGCUCGGAUGAGGGCGCGAGCUCAGGCAAAGACGAGAUCGAGUCCAUGGACGUGGCAAGUGGCUCCGCAUCCGAGUCUAGUGCCGACGGCGAUUCCGACGACGAUGAUUUUGAGACGUACUCGGAGCCGAACGACGAGUACUCGUACACCGAAGCAUACACUUACACCGAGGACGAGUCCGAAGGCUCCGAGGUUGGCGGCCACUCGCCGCUUUCGAUGCUCAACCCUUACCGCAAGGAGAGCGCCAGCGCGGCCAUGCGCCGGGUCAAAGUAGCUGUCCGCAAGCCGCGCACAAAGCCACAGACCACUGCUCGCUCCAGCAAGUCCAAGUCGAGUAGGAGCAAGACGAGCAAGAGCAGGGGAACCAAGCGCCGCCGCGUCGACGACGGCAAGCUCAUUAAUGUGGCUGCCUUGCUGGCAGCCAAGACGCCGAUUGCUGCCAAAAAGCCGCGGACCUCGCAGAUGACCCGCGAUCACCUCAUGCGCUCGUUCUUUGGCUCGCGGACGCUAGAGCGCAAAUCGCACGCCGCCGCCGCCGAGCGCGCACACAUGCUCAAGCGAAGCCAAAAGUCAAUGGCCGCCUUUCCGCUCAUCGACGACGGCGGCGAGUCGGGCGCCGACGAGCCCAUCGACGAGGACGAGGUCGCUCGCAUCAAGAGCAUGUUCCUGCAGGCCCGCGCAUCGCUGCGGCUCUCGGCUGUGCCCGCCACGCUGCCAUGCCGUGAGUCACAGGCCAACGAGCUGCGGUCCAAGAUCGAGACCUCGUUCCUGACCCGGACCGGCGGAUCAGUGUUCAUGGGCGGCUUGCCGGGAACCGGCAAAACUGCCACCGUCCACGAGGUCGUCCGCGAGUUGAUGAGCGCAGCGGCCGCCGGCUCGCUUGAUCCGUUCUGCUACGUCGAGAUCAACGCCAUGGAGCUGGCCACACCCAAGCACGCCUACGUCGCUAUGGCCCGAGGUGUGUUUGGCGAGAUCGAGGCGCCAAACCAGCCGCUCCGUGCUCAGCAGCUCCUUGCCAACGAGUUCAAGCAUGCUGCCGAGCCGCGCGAGGUCGCCACCCUCAUGCUGGUUGACGAGAUGGACCUGCUUGUCACCCGCAAGCAGACCGUCCUGUACAACCUCUUUGAUUGGGCGGCGUCGCCCAACUCGCGUCUGUUUGUCGUCGGCAUUGCCAACACAAUCGAUCUGCCGGAGCGCAUGCUGCCACGGGUCUACUCGCGCCUCGGCGUCCACAUUAUUCGCUUCCCCUCCUACACCGUUGCCCAGCUCGAGACGAUCGUCCACUCGCGGCUGGCCGAGCUCGAUGCUUUUGCACCCACCGCCAUCGCCCUCUGUGCCCGCAAGGUUGCGUCGAUCUCCGGUGACGCCCGCAGAGCACUGGAGCUCUGCCGCCGCGCUGCCGAGCUCGCGGAGGCCGACCGCGAGUCCAAUGUGGUCACGCCCGCACACAUCUACGAGGCCAUCAAGUCGAUGAUCUCCUCGCCCAUCGCCGCCGCCAUCUCGGGCGCCUCCUUCCACGAGCGUCUCCUUCUUGUAGCCCUCUUUCUCGAGUCGCGCUCGCAGGGCAAGGCCACCCUUGCCUUUCCGGACGUUGCGCAGCGGCACGUCAUCCUCGCGCGGACCCACAACAUCGAGCCGCCCUCGACUUCGGACCUCAAGGCCAUCGUCUCACGCCUCGGCGCCACCCGCAUUCUUCUCAUCGAGGCGCCACACAAAGACCUUUACCAGCGCCUCCGCUUCAACGUCGCCCGUGACGACUUUGUCGCCGCCAUGGCCACCGAUCCUGUCCUCGGCCAGAUUGUCCGGAAGUAGCCCGCUGCGUUGUCAAAUUUGUCCGUCUGUUCCGUAAAGGCUUCAUUAACC